UCUUCAUCUACAAAUUCUUUAUGUUGUACGGUACCUGACUUAUCAGCCAAUAUCUCAUUUACAAUUAUCGAUACGCGUAACAUUUGCACAUUUCACACAUUUCAUACAUAUUACAUAUUACAUAUUACAUAUUACAUAUUACAUAUCACACAUUUCACACAUUUCACAGCAGACCACCCAUACAAGUGACACCGGUAAUACCCCAAAUUUAAACACGCACUGCAUGGGAAAUCUAUCUAGCAUCGCACGGAUGGCUAAAAUUAUUCCCUGGUCAGAACUCAAAUACCAACAGAGGACUAGGCCACUGACUUAACUACCUGACUUAUAUAGCUAACAGCCAAUCCAACUUGCCUUACCUAAGUUGACUUAGCUAACUCUAACUCACUUAACAUAUCCAACCAUCCAUCAUUGGUCCUUUUUGUUCUAGAUUCUAAAAUCCACCCAAUAACUCAAGCUUCACUAUAAAAAGAGGCUUGACAAUCGACCAUAUUUAAUUUCUCCCCUUUGCGCUUCUUCCCUCCAUUAAAACUUUCUUCCUUCUGGAUGGUCACAUUCAAAAUCUCUCAAUCCCUUCAUUCUACUUUUCAUUUCUCAGUACAGAUAUUUUUCUAUUUUGUAUUUACAUUUUUGUUCUAAUUCCUCUAGAGAGAGUCUUCAAUACGUGAUCUACAUCCAUCACAUAACUCAAAUUCACUCCUUGGAAGUAUCCAACUACGGCCGUGUUUUACCUGCUCCUGAACCUCUUACUCCAUACAUUAAGUCAAACCAAGUCCAUUGAGAUCGAACAACUCUUAGUGUAUAGCCUUCGAAAAUAUUCAUACACGAAAUAACGUCCUUCAAUUUACGAAUCCUCGAACAACUCGCUCACUUCCUGAUGGCUCGCAUUUGAGAUAACUCUCCAAAAAUUGCGUCAAGCAGUUACCUCGCAGACGAUUCGUAUAUUCGCACGUCUACCCCUCGAACGAACCAGCCGACAAGUUUAACUCCAACAUGGCGAAAAGAAAUUGGGGAAAAUCAUGCUGCGGAGUGAUAAAUAGUAUCUUAGCUGCGCUGGCAUUGUACGGGACUUUAUACUUGGCAGUCCUCAUUUUUCAAAAAGGAUCGCUCCCAAAAUCACCAUCAGAAAUUUACAAGAAACCUUCUCAUGGAUCACCUUCUGAACACGGUUCUGGAUCUAUACCUCCUCCACCAGCGACACUAAAAAUCCAGAAGAUAAACCCAAAUGCAAAUUGGUUCAACAGACCCGAGAGCUUGGUUGCGCCAAAGGAUGAUUAUUUGGGAAAGCGACCACACAUCGAUACAGUUGCGAACCUAACUAAACUAGUCGAAGAAUGCAGAGGAUCUUACAGUAAAAUCGAAAAAAUGCCAUAUGUUUUCGACUGUUUGAAAUACAUGGAUGAAGGUGAAAAGGAAUAUUAUUACAUGCCACCACAAGGAGAGCGUGCGAGCGAGCAACCACCCAAGAUGGCAGAAUAUCUGGAUUCCGAUGGUCAGGGCAAUUCUUUGGCACAAUAUCCAUCGCAAAAAUCUUACUCGAAAUCAUCCUCUGGCCGAUGCAAUGGCCCAAUUGUACCAUACCAUACCUACUGGACCGGUCCUGCGACUUGGAGAGUAGAGCUUUUUAUAAAGAGUUAUUUCUAUACGCAGAAUCUUCCUUGUUCAAGAUUAUUCUUAUGGUUGGACGGAGAUAGGGAUCCAGAUGCAAUCGAAAAGUUUAUGACCAGCGAUCCAUUGUUCAAGAGAUUCGUACCAUUCGUUGAAAGAGGAGACAUAACUUUGAAAUUGUGGAAUUUUCCUUCAAGAAUACCAUUACCACCUGGAGAUAAUACGGAUGGACGUGGAUAUUACAAAACUCCAGGAAAGCCUAAUGCGAAAAACGAGGUUUUGGUAGCAGAUGGGCUUAUUCGAGAUUCCAAUAGCCAGGAAUGGCUGAUUUUAACAGAGAGGCAGAUGACGUUCUUGCCUGUUGCUGUUUCAGAUGCCAUGAGAUUCGUUGUCUUGCACUUAUAUGGAGGAUCUUAUUAUGAUAUGGAUGUUGUCAUGCUAAGGGAUAUGCGACCACUAUUGAUUGGAGACGAACAUGCAUUUGCAGAACGUUGGGGAGGUCAUUCCAGCCCUGGUGAUUACAAUACGGCGGUGAUGUCUUUGACUGCUAAUUCAUCUCUUUCCUCGUAUCUUUUACGUGGUGGUGUGAGGAUGGGACUUAACUUUCAUCCUCGAAUCAUUGGUGUUAUGGCUGUGAAAGAUGGUCGAAACCAAGAAUUUAAUAUGUUGGAGACUGCCGCUUUUGACCCCAUCUGGACUGAAUUCAACUGGGAUAGAUUAGGAAGAUGUACAAUACCAUGCAUCAAGGAUUAUGGACAAGUAUUCAAGGGAAAGAAUGCCUUUCCAAAUCAUGAUGAAUGGGAAAGUUACGAUGGACCUCAAUUAAAGCUUGCCUCGAAGACCACAUCAAAACAUUUCUGGGAAAUGAGAUCUGUCGAGGAAGUAGAAGUUGAGAAGCGUGUCGUUACGGUGGAACGAGCAUCAACAGGAAAGGGUGUUGAAAUGUUGACUAUCGACCGAGCAGCAUUGAGCAAAGCCGAUUACAAGCUUGAAGAGGAUAAUUAUCCACCUACAAAUCGAACUUUAGAAAAUUUCUUCCGAGGCGCCUGGACAUAUCACAUCCAUAACCAGGUAAGCUCACAAUUUAUCUUAUGAUUUUAAUUUUGGCUAAUGAUUCUAGUGGUACAAAAAUCCCGAACCAUCAUCAUGGCUUAACGUUAUCCAAAGAGCGCAAGAUGGUUUCUUUUCUGGAACACGUACGAAUCCAUAUGGCGAAAAGUGGCAAGGUCUUGAAUUACCUCCGUACGAAAUAUCUUGGGAAUACACCUAAAUUGCCCAACAUUGAUAUUUUGUCAAAAUUAGCGGUCAAGUAAGGUUAUAAUACUUUGACAUAAACUUAUGAAUAGCACAAUAAACAUGUGUAUGAAAGCAAUGGUACAAAGAAAUAGAUAUUUAAUUGGUGGGCGCAAAACGGCACAUAUACUCACAUUUGAGUUAAGGGUAAAAUAUAUACAUGGGUUGAGGCAUACAAAUACAUACGGCGGGCGUUUUUCUUCAAGCAUCGGUCUUUGAUUCAAUUUAUUGAACAGAACUUCUUGAUUGAUUGGAUGAAUCUGGCUGGGCAUAAGAAUGGAGUUUAUCUGAGGAGUUGUUUUAUGAAUUUAAAUAUGUGGAAAAUAGAUUUGGGAUGGGAUGGAAUUGGUGGGAUGGGAUGGGAUUGGAGUUGAAGUUGGAGAUAGAUACUGUAUGUAUUUAGUAAUAUGGAAAGCAGAGAGGAUGAGGAUGAGGAUAGAAAUAGAGAAUAUUUUUGUAUGGAUUGUAUAUAUAUAUUGUAAAAGUGGUAGGUCGAGAUACGUGCGUCCCGAUAGCUCGCUGUGAGGGGGAAUUGGGAGAGAAAGCUGAUUAGAUUAUAUUGUAAUACGUUACUAUAGAGAAAACGGGGUUCAAAUG